AUGGCAGAGACUGAUCCUGUGACACCUCAUUUACUUGACCGCCAUCCAGCUUGGGACACACCAUCAACUUCUGUUGUCGUUGUCCAUAUUCAUCAGACUGAUAUCGCUGCUGCUAUGGACACUAUCACGACGGAGCUUGUUGAUAUUCGUUUUGAUAUUACUGCCCUCCGUAGAGAUUUUUAUGGUUUCAUGGAUCUUGUUACGACAAAUAUAGAUCACCUGUUUCAUUCUAGAGCUUCUCUUCUCUUGUCUUUCCCCAGAUCCAACUCCAGCUUAAUUAAUCAGGACAAUGAGUUUUAG